AGAUCACGUCAGACGCCUUAUCGUUUUACUCACUUGGCGCCAUUUCUAUUAACCAGGAGGAAAACACGAAGAACACGCUCACAAACACUACCAGUAACUAUUAAAAUCAUGCUUCUCGCUUCACUCCAUUGUUUCUCUCCUUCUCCUUCUUCUUCUUCAACUUCAACUCGCUCUUAUUCCUUCUCUCACAAUCGCAAAUUCUCAAAACCCCCGAUUUCAGUCAACUCGCCCAUCCGAACUCAACUCUGUAAGGCGAGUCUGAUUACUACCCCUGACUCCUUCGAGGUUGGCAGACUCAUUGGUAGCUACGGCUUCAUGAAUGUUACUAGUUACUCAGGGUAUCAAUCAGGGAUAGAUAUGGAAUAUUACUCAUUGCCAGGUGGCAAUAUGGGGCAAUUGAAAUUUCAGGAUGUGGGUGAAGGAGGUGUAAAGAUCAGGCUUUAUGAAGGUAGAAUAGCUCAAGGUCCAUUUAAAGGAACUCAAGUUAUUUUUAAGGUUUAUCCCGGACAACGAGCUGGUGGUUUUGAAGCUGAUAUGAUGGCAGCAAAUGAGCUCAAUACUCAUGCUGUACUUCAGAGCAGUUCAAAAGGUAUAUGUCAGAAUCUCCUGAUACUUGUUGGAGGGUUUGAGACCAAAACUGGGGAACAGUGGCUUGCUUUCCGGAAUGAUGGGAAAUAUAGUGCCGCGGACUAUGCAAAAAUCGUGAGUGAAAAAAUAUCGAAAAUCCGUUCUGGUGGAGAUAACUCUUGGAAUCGUUUUGAACAAGAGCAAAUAAUGAAACGCAGAAGAUACUUUGUAAUCAAACUUCUUAGGGGUGCUAUUAAUGGCUUAGCUUACAUGCAUGACCAUGACAGAUUGCACCAGAGUCUUGGACCGUCUUCUAUUGUUCUCAAUACCGUAAAAGAAAAAGAUGUUGCUUAUGUAGUUCCACGACUUCGGGAUCUAGCAUUUUCUGUUGAUAUUCGUAUUUCAAGUCUAGAAGAAGAAGGCCUUGGGACACUCUCAGAAGGACUUUGGAGAAGAGCAACUGCUGCUGGUGCCUUCACCCCUAUUCAGAAAAGGGCCUUUGGAAUUGCAGAUGACAUAUAUGAAGCAGGUCUCCUUUUUGCAUACUUCGCUUUUGUUCCAUUUUGUGAAGCAGGCAUAAUGGAUGGUCUUUCUUUGCAAAGGCUCUUAGAAAGCACUUUCAAACUUGAUAUUGAAGCUGCAAGAGAGUAUUGUUUAGCAGAUGACCGCUUGGAAGAAGCUGUCAAGUUUCUGGAUCUUGGUGAUGGAGCUGGUUGGCAAUUACUUCAGGCAAUGCUAAAUGCUGACUUCAGAAAACGGCCUAUGGCAGAGGCAGUACUCAACCAUCGAUUCAUGACCGGUGCUGCACUUUAAUUGACAGAGGCAGAGAUGUUUUAGUGUUUAGCUGGCUGCACUUUCGAAUGGCAAAAGAUGCAGAGAUGUGUUGAUGGGUGUACAUAAUAAAAAUUUAAGAGGCAGAAUAUAGCUCAAUAAUGUCUUUCCUUGAUUUAAGAACAAUUGCACAGAUUUGGCAAGAGGGGAAAUUUCCUUGUUUCUUUCU